AUGGCACCUACGAACAACAUGAAAACCAAUACCGAACUUUCGAUAAACGUCCCGUUGGAGAAAAUCACCGACGUUCAGAAAAGGGAUCAGUUCUUGGCAAAGUUCGGGGACUGGCUGGCUGACAGGGGGAUCCACCCUUAUAGAAUGGCCGUGGCGGACAAGGGGUCCAUGAAGGAGAUGGUUAUAAAGUACCACGUCUUUUAUAGAACAUCAUCCGAGAUUGCCCAAUUUAAGGAUGGGAUGGAUGACGUAUGCGGCAUGUGGGGGAUGGUAACAAAACAUGCCAGUGUAUUCCAACCGCUGUUUUGCAAUCUUCCUAAACCUCUAAUGAAACAGGAGAUGGACAGAAUCCUUCGGUAUGAUUUCAGUGAACUCGGUUCUAAUGCCAGGACGUCUGAAGAUGAGACUGUCUACGCAUGGGAGCUCUUUUUGCAGGACAUUGAAGAUGGAAUUGUUCCCACAACCAUGGCAGAAUUGCUGUCGUUCAUUUCCGGAGCGUUACCACCCUGUGGCUUUCAAAAGCCGAUUGAGAUACAUUUCUAUAUGCAAGAAGACGGAGUGACCCGUCUUCCAUAUGCAUCGAGAUGUUUUCUGGACUUGUGGCUGCCUAAAGGACAGACACCCGAGAGCCCAUCUACCCUUCUAUUGAAGAGUGUUAAUGAGUCGAUGGAAUUUUUUAAAAUAUGA